GCUGUUCUCUACACCUGGAGAUGACCGGUAAUUAAUUGGAGCACGCGCCUGUUACUUUUUCUUUAAUGUACCGACAGGACUAAAGCCGCGCCUCUGUUUAGUCGGUUAGUUGAAAUUAAAAAAAAAGAGCGAAGGAAUUUUUCACGUGUUUCAGAAGACGGGAACACCAUGAAAACUGCGAGGGACGAUGGAGAGGUGAGGGGGGUGACGGUAAAUCGAUUCAUAGAAGGGCUGGGACUAGAUGAUAUCAAAGAGAGCCUUUCAUCCAAGGAUCAGUACCAUAAGACUCUUACGAGGAAGGAGGGAAGGCCAAGAUCUGAGGCGCCUCCAUCUGGGAUGUCCAAGAAUGGAUACUUCUUUCAAGAAAUGGAGCAGCGGGAGGCGGAGCAAGAGGAGGGCAGGGAGUGCCAAGAGGAGGGGCAGGACUUACCAAUCGCCUGCGGAGAAGACAUCCACCUCUAUGACAACCAGAUCAGCCCAGGGCCAGAUGCUGACGACUCUGGUUGUGUUUUACUGAACACAUCAAGACGGUAUGUGAAGCUCAUGAACUUCGAGGAGGAGGUUCGGGCACACCGGGACUUGGAUGGCUUCCUGGCAAGGGCUAGUAUAUUGUUGGAUGAGACAGCCGCCUCCCUGGAUGAUGUUCUCAAGAGAAUGUUGCACCACGUAGGCGAGGACAGCCAUGUGUCUGAGCCCGGGUGCAACUUUGAGGAGGUGAUGAGCAUGCUUUUCACAGAUGCAGGAGCUCAGGAGGUCAACGAGAAGUCUCAAAGUUUCGUUUUCUUUGAUGACGUUCAUCUGCUGUCUGAGACAAUCCAAGGCGUGACGGCAACAGCAACAGGGAUCCAAUACCAGCAGUCCUGGCUCUGCAUCCUCUGCAACGUCAAGCAUCUCCAGAGGCGUCAUGUGUGCAUCUCCCGUCUGGAAAGGCCGCAAAACUGGGGGGAGAACUGCUGCGAGGUCCGCUAUGUCAUCCUGAUACUUGCCCCAUCUAAAAUGAAAAGCACCAAGACGGCAAUGGAGCUGGGCAGGACGUUUGGCACGCUGUUCUCUGACAUCUCCUUCAGACAGAAGCUGUUAGAGACAAAGACGCAGGAGGAGUUUAAGGAGGCUUUGGUGUUCCAGAGGCACCAGCUUACAGCAGCCAACCAGCAGCCCAUUGCUCUGGGAAAGAAAGAGACAGUUCCCCGCAGUCAUAAACCUCUCAAGUGUAAAGAUUUCUUCAAAGCCGGCAGAGGGAUUUAUGAGGACUUGCGUCGCAGACUGCCUUUCUACCCUUCUGACUUCACGGAUGGUAUAGUUGGAAGUAAUAAAACCCUGCUGAAGUACAUGACCACAGCCAUCUUCCUCUACAUUGCCAUCCUCCUCCCUGCCAUUGCCUUUGGCUCCCUCAAUGAUGAGAGUACCCGUGGUGAAAUAGAUGUUCGGAAGACUAUCAUUGGUCAGAGCAUCGGUGGAGUCAUCUACUCAUUGUUCGCUGGCUCCCCUUUAGUUAUCCCUCUCACCACUGCUCCCCUCGCCAUCUUCAUCAGUGUGAUCCGAGGAAUCUGUGAUGACUACAACUUGGAUUUCCCAGCUUUCUAUGCCUGCAUCGGGUUGUGGAAUUGCCUCUUUCUCAUCUUGGGAGGGAUCUUUAAUGUUAGUCUGCUGAUGAAGCUCUUUAAAAGGUCAACAGAAGAGGUCAUUGCGCUGUUCAUUUCCAUUGCAUUUGUAGUUGAUGCUGUAAAAGGAACAGUCAAAAUUUUUCAGAGGUACUACAAUGCACCAACUCUGGAGAACAGGAGCAUAGAUGUUCCUCAGGGUGGAGAUCUGCAGGGAGGAAAUAGGAGUGAGUUGAUGGUCGAGUCGGUCUUCAAUGCUCUGCCCGAAUCUUUCAUCCAGUGCACUCGAGAGAGGCCUGUCCUCUGCCUCCUGCUGAUGCUCGGGACAUUGUGGAUGGGCUAUACCCUCUACCAGUUCAAAAGAAGUCCGUUCCUCCAUGCCAAAGUGAGAGAAGUGCUGUCGGACUGUGCCCUGCCGAUCUCAGUGCUGCUGUUCUCCUUCAUUGGCUCCUACAUUUUUAGCGACAUUGAGCUUCCAGUCUUUAAAGUUCAUGAUCGGCCUAUCUUCAACGUGGCACCGUUUGAGCGGCUGUCGGCCAUGAACAUUGUCAGCGCCAUGGGACUUGGCUUCCUCCUGGCUCUUCUCAUCUUCAUCGACCAGAAUAUUGUCGUAUCACUGACCAAUGCUCCAGAGAACAGGUUGCUUAAGGGUACAGCAUAUCACUGGGACCUGAUGCUCUCUGGCCUCAUUAACAUACUCAUGUCAGUGCUGGGGUUGCCCUGGAUGCACGCCGCCUUCCCCCACUCCACCCUUCAUGUGCGCCAGCUGGCUUUUGUGGAGCAGCGCGUGGAGGGGGGGCACCUCUAUGAGACUAUUGUCCAGGUGAAGGAGACCCGUCUGACAUCUCUCGCUGCCAACAUCUUUAUUGGUGUAUCUGUUCUGCUGCUGCCCCUUCCACUGCAAUGGAUCCCCAAACCCGUCCUGUAUGGUCUCUUCCUCUACAUCGCCCUCACCUCCAUCGACGGAAACCAGAUGUGUGACCGCAUGGCUCUCCUUCUGAAAGAACAGACGUCUUACCCACCUACCCACUACAUCCGCAAAGUGCCCCAGAGGAAGAUCCACUACUUUACCUUCUUGCAGAUGAUGCAGCUGCUGGUGCUGUGCACAUUUGGCAUGUACCCAAUACCGUACAUGAAAAUGAUCUUCCCUCUGGUCAUGAUCCUCCUAAUCCCAAUCAGGAACAACGUGCUUCCUCAUAUCAUUGAGGCCAAAUACCUGGACAUCAUGGAUGCCCAACACAUGUAGCUUCAGAAGGAUUCAAGCUCUGGAUCUUCAAAGAGUCCAUGGGAGAAAAAAGGAUUAACAAAAACAUAUUUUUGAUGCAAAACUAUAUGGGUGCACAUAGGAAAAAUACAGACUGUUCAGAUUUUUGUAUCCGAGAAGUACAUUCUAACAAGUGAAGCACUGGAAACACGGGGAGUCAAGUGUGGAAGAGCGCUAAAGAGUUUUGGUCAAUAUUUUCCAAAAGUGAACUGAAAUUUCUCUGUGAAAAUGUUCUCCAAGAAAACAAAAGAAAAAUUACUUCCUGUUUCGCCUCUGUUUGACCAUGUGCAGUCCAUACAACUUGUAUGUUCUUGUUUCACAACUUCACCUUUUUAUGGUAACACUUUACAAUAUCCUUUUUGCAGUGUGGAGCGUGUGUGUGGGUAGGUGCUUCAAGUACUCUCUGAUGCUGUGUAAGUAAUAAUAAAAAUUGCUGCAAGAGUACAUUAGAUUGUACCAGGAAAGGGGUAACGGCACAUUGUAAGUAUGAACCUGAUCUCUUUUUGACACUUUGCACUUAUGUUUUUACACAGUUCCAGGUGCAUCUUUAUACAUUGAAUAUUAUGAAUAAGUUGAUUUCUUUUAGUAAAUGUUAAAAUGUGACACCUGUGUACUACAUAAAUUUAUAACAAAAAGUGAUAAAUUCCUAAUUUCUUUUCAUUUUAGUUAUUAUGGCUUAAAACUAAAACAAACCUAUAAUACAGUUUCUCAGAAAAGGGAAUUUUACAUGAGACCAAUCAAGAGAUAUAUUUUUAAUAAAGAAAUGUUCUAUAAUGGCCUACAUAAUCAUGUGAAGGCUUCCUGGUUUAACAGUUGUCCAGCACAUAGUCACUCACACACUCCACAAAGAGGGUAAACCACAAAAGGUGAUUGCUAAAGAAACUGGCUUUUCAAAGAGUGUUGUAUCCAAGCAUAUUAACGGAAUGUUCAGUGGGAGUAAAAACUGUUAAAAAAGAGGGGGAAAAGCAACGUGAAUAACAGCAGCAUUGACAGGAUUACAAAGACAGUUUAAAGUCUAUCCCAAACUCUUACAUGAGUGUUGCUUAAUACUUCAAGAGGUGUAGGCUGCAGCCUAUUGGUGCCACAACAGAAGUAGAUGUAGCAAGGACACAGGUUUGGAUUGAAUUUAGAAAUUAACUUUUUGAUUAUUUUCUAAUUUAUUGAGAUGCACCUAUAUAUGGGUAAUUUGUACCCACAUACACUGUGUUUAGAAGUACUUAAAUACUUUGAACGGGUCAGUUUAGAGCACUGCAUUUUGGCUACUGUAAAGUAAGCCUUUUCCUUGUCAUUGUGCAGAGUUCCAGCCUUUACAUUUCUGCACCUUUUUAGCUGUUGCUGUGAAUGACACUUGUUCACAUACAUAUUUAGUUUUUAAGUCAUUCCAACAAGUGUCAUUAUUGUAUAAGGAGGAGAUUAUAGAGUGUGUGUGUGUGUUUGUGUCAUACACACAGUACUUUUCUGCCCUCCAUUUGGUUCUCAGCCAGCUUGUUAGAAAGUAUAUUUUUGAAGGUGGAAACCAUCUUUAGAUGAAUAAAAAACAUUCCACGGGUAUAUAUUAUUUGUAAUAAUUUAGAAUGACAGCACAAACCAAAAACAUAUAGAAAUGUUUUAUCUUGAUAAAAAAAUAUAUAUAUAUAUAUCAGAAUAUAUGAUGGCAAUAUACAAAAAUAUUAUUGGUCAAUUUUAAAUAGAAUAUUUAUUUAUCAUGAUAGUUUAUCUUUCAAUUAAAUGAAAGUUUUGUCUGUUAACCCUGAACUGAGAUCAGUGUGUAUUUCUGUUUGCUCUUUUACAUUCCACUGUUUCUUAUACUAAGUGUUAAUUCACAUAUAGCUCUGCCACAGUGUUUACAUAUCAAAGUCCUGCCCAGCUUCACAUUAUCAGCUGACAUUACUCAGCUUCAAAGCUAGUAAAGAUGUAAGGUUAAAGGUCGAAAGAUACAACAGACCAACUAGAAAAGAUCUGGAUUAAGCUAACCUAUCUUUUUUAUUCUAUUUUUGUUUGUAAGCAAGAGUCCAAAUAUGGGUUUUGGAACAACUUGUUCUUGUUUUUUAGUAGAUCAGUGCUUGCAAAUGUUCUCAUAUUGUAAUGCAGGAAUACAGAGAGCUAUAUGUUAUCUACAGAUCGAAUGAUUAAAAAAAAUCUAAGCACUGGUUCGCUUAAAGCAUGUCUCAUCUGGGUUUUUAAAGUCAAGCAAUGCCAGUGUAUUCAAUAUAAGAAAAUAGUAGCAAGUCAAACAGUAACUUCACAUGAAUAUAAAUGCAAUGCUUGAUAUUCAGCAAUACUUUGUAUAAAAACAAGUUCACUGAGAAAAUUUGGGAUUGCCACCUCAAGUGGGCCCAGCUCAAGCAAUGACAGGCCAGCUGUAUUUUUAAAACAGCAACUUUUCAGUCCCUCUUAAUUGUACAUACCUGCUCAGAUAAUUCAGUGAUUUUACACAUCAAGGAGCAAAAAAGUUUGCCUGUCAAAGAGGUAGCCACAGUUCUCGGUUUUACUACAGUUUUGUUAGUCUUGCGGUAUUUAAAUGGCAGCUCCCUCAUGCAGUUCUGUUCAACUUUGUCCUGUAAAUGUAAGAAAGAUGUCCAAUUCAAGGAGAUGUCUCAUGCUGAGAUUGGAAGGCGUGAAAGAAAAUCUUGGAUGCAUUUGCAUAAUCCUUGGACUAAGCCUUAAAACUGCUGAUCAAAGAAGAAAGAUUGUGGGCUAUAAAAGUAAUAUGUUCAGUUUGCAAUGCAAAGUAUAGUUUUUAUCAAACAUUCAUUAUAAUCAUUGCGAUAUCUUAGUUUCUAAGUUUGAACUGAGAGCAGAGAUUUAAUGAUUCUUCUUCUUAUGUGGCAGUAUUGUUGUUCCUUGAUAUUCUCACUGGUGAUUUUGGAAUAGCAGCAAACUUCUCUCAGAGGACUUGUUACUGGAUUUGAAGUGAAAGACAUUCUGCUUUUGAAAACCUUGACUGCCCCAGUCCUCCUGAUGGAAAUUGUGUAACUGUGGUGUUUUGUUCAUUCUUUUCCUGAUUUCAUAUAACCUACCUUUUCUAAUCAUGAAUGUAUGAUGUGUGAUUUUUAUAUAGCAUACUAAUUUAGGUGUCAAACAGAAUCUGUAAUUUUGUCAAAAAGAUCAGCUAUAUUUGUAAGCUGUAAUAUGUAAAAACUGAGAAAAAAAUGAUCAUCAAACAGAAUGUGUUGGGUUAUUAUAGUAUAUAUAUAAACUGUAUACCGAAAAAGAAAAACUCAAGCUGUUUGCCAAAUAAAAGUAGUAGUGAUGUUAA